GGGAGCCUCAAAGUUUGUGUCUGGAGCAGUGGUGCAGAGGGGCUUGCUGCGAAGGGGUUUUCUUGGCAUGGGAGCCGACCUCCUGCCUUCGCUCUGCACGCACGGCCGGCCUUGAGCCCCGGGCGGCUGUGUUCCCCGCAGCCUCAGCUCCGCGAGGGCGCCGCUCGGGAGCCCUGCCUCGGCGCCUCAGGCGCGCACACCCCCGAGGGCCCCCGCCGGCCCUGCGCGCGCGCGCCGCCAUGGAGGUGCUGGAGAGCGGGGAGCAGAGCGUCCUGCAGUGGGACCGCAAGCUGAGCGAGCUCUCGGAGCCCGGGGAGAGCGAGGCCCUCCUGUACCACACGCACUUCUCAGAACUUCUGGAUGAAUUUUCCCAGAACGUCUUGGGUCAGCUCCUCAAUGACCCCUUCCUCUCAGAAAAGACUGUGUCGAUGGAGGUGGAGCCAUCGCCAACAUCGCCGGCACCUCUCAUCCAGGCUGAGCACAGCUACUCCCUGUGUGAGGAGCCCCGGGCCCAGUCGCCAUUCACUCACGUGACCAACAGCGACAGCUUCAAUGACGAGGAGGUGGAAAGUGAGAAAUGGUACCUGUCUGCAGACUUUCCUUCAACAACCAUCAAGACAGAGCCGAUUACAGAUGAGCCACCCCCAGGACUUGUUCCCUCUGUCACUCUGACCAUCACAGCCAUCUCUACCCCUUAUGAGAAGGAAGAACCCACUCUGGAAGUGAAUACUGGGGUCGAUUCCUCGUGUCAGACAAUUAUUCCUAAGAUCAAGUUGGAGCCUCAUGAAGUGGAUCAGUUCCUCAACUUCUCUCCUAAAGAAGCCUCUGUGGACCACCUGCACUUACCGCCAACCCCUCCCAGCAGUCACAGCAGUGACUCGGAGGGCAGCCUGAGCCCCAGCCCACGCCUGCAUCCCUUCAGCCUGCCUCAGACACACAGCCCUGCCAGGGCCGUGCCCCGGGCCCCGUCUGCCCUCUCCAGUUCUCCUCUCCUCACAGCUCCACAUAAGCUGCAGGGCUCGGGGCCCCUGGUCCUGACAGAGGAGGAGAAGAGGACCCUGAUUGCUGAAGGCUACCCCAUCCCCACCAAACUGCCCCUGACGAAAUCAGAGGAGAAGGCCCUGAAGAAGAUCCGGAGGAAAAUCAAGAAUAAGAUUUCUGCCCAGGAAAGCAGGAGAAAGAAGAAGGAAUACAUGGACAGCUUGGAGAAAAAAGUGGAGUCCUGUUCAACUGAGAACCUGGAGCUUCGGAAGAAGGUGGAGGUCCUGGAGAACACCAACAGAACUCUGCUUCAGCAACUCCAGAAGCUGCAGACCCUGGUGAUGGGCAAGGUGUCUCGUACCUGCAAGUUGGCUGGCACGCAGACCGGCACCUGUCUCAUGGUCGUUGUGCUGUGCUUUGCUGUUGCCUUUGGCAGCUUCUUUCAGGGCUAUGGACCCUAUCCUUCAGCCACCAAGAUGGCGCUGCCCAGCCAGCAUUCCAUGCCUGAGCCGUACACAGCAUCUGUCGUGAGAUCCAGGAACCUGCUGAUCUAUGAAGAGCAUUCUCCCCUGGAGGAACCAUCCAGCCCAGCCUCAGCAGGGGAGCUUGGGGGCUGGGACAGAGGCUCCUCCCUGCUCAGGGUGUCAGGGCUGGAGUCCAGACCGGACGUGGAUCUUCCUCAUUUCCUUAUAUCGAAUGAGACCAGCCUGGAGAAGUCAGUGCUGUCGGAGCUGCAGCAGCACCUAGUCAGCGCUAACCUGGAGGGGAAUGAGACGCUGAAAGUCGUAGAACUCGACAGGAGAGUGAACACCACCUUCUGAAGAGGCCGCCCGCACCCGCCCCGUCGCCCUGAGCGUCACCUCUCCAUCUGCAAUCACCUUUGUCAUAAGCUUUUCCUCCGUGCCACUGGAUCUUGACAAAGACACGGACGAGCAUUUCGUGGCUUUGGAUGGAAGGCCAGCCUGGGGUUCCCCGCCGGCUGGGACAGAGCGCCCUGCCUCUGGUCCCUGCCCCUCCCCUGCAGCAGGGAGCCUGCCUCUCCCCCUCCCUCUCUCUUACCGCUCCAGUAGAUACCAUGUUAGGGGUGAGGGUGGGACAAGCAGGCUUGUUUCCGCCAGCGGUGCCAAAGAAGAUCUUGCCUGAUUUUCUCCCCUGCGAGGCGCGACCCCUUUGAAGACAAGACUGGUUCGAUCGACACCCCAGACUGUAGCCACAAGAACGCCACGAUGCCUGUCGCGAUUUGGCAAAGCACUGACUCACGCCCCUCCUCGCUCCCACCCGGGCCCCCCGCCGCUGGAGCCUUCGCCCCACGGGGCACUGGCACUGUGGGCGAGGCCCCCCCUCACGUUCUCAGGCCGCAAGUGCAAUGCCUGAAGGGAUCAGGCUCCUCUACUCCAGGCGAACCUGCCCCGCCUCAUUGCUGGUAGGACCUCCCCCCGUAGCUCUGCCGCUCCAGCUUCUCCUCCCCAUUUGUAAAUAGUAUUUAUUAGCUCGCCCAGGCUUCCUGCGGGCAGCCACGCCGGAGCGAUCCCACGGCUCCUUCCAAGCUGUUGGCCUUUGGCGCUGGGAGGGCCCCUAGGCUCUGGGAUCCCCAGUCUUUCCCGAUGAAGUUUUCUUUCUUUUUGGAGGCCUGUAAAACAGUUACCUUUGAGAAACCCCCUUAAGCCCGUGCGCCCCUAUAGGAGGAACUCAGAGGGAAAGAUGGAGCAGUGCCUUGCUCCGGGCCAGGGCUCGUGGCCCUAUGCGCUCUCUCCCCAGUUCCCAUAACAGAGAGGGAGGCCCUGUGCCCGACUGCAAGCACUUGGACAGCCCUGUGGGCUUCCGUCCCCGCCCGCCCCGGGCCCGCCCCAGCCCCGGCCCCACCUCCAGCCCCGCCCCUGACAUCCACUUCUGCCCCGCCUCUGGCCCCGCCCCGCUGUCCACUUCCGCCCAGCCUCCAGCCCCGCCCCCCGCACGUCCACUUCCGCCCCGCUUGUCCACAACCCGGAAGGUCAGUGACCAGCGUGUCUCCCUUCCUUAACUGACAGGUUUGGCUACUUUGCAGCUCGCCCAAAGAGAUACAACCUAACCCCCACCCUACUUUUAUUUUUGUUUUUUAAUGAUUGAAAGUAACUUUUGUAGGUAAUUUUUUUUCUUUUCUAUUUCAUACAAAGCUAUGGAAACGGUCUUGUGUUCUGUAAGGUAGGAGACUCUCCCUCAAUGUCUCUUCCUGGCUUGUAAAUGCUUUCUUGUAGGAAAUGUGCUUACGUUCUGUAUUUGACGUUUAGUGCGGCCGAAGCGCCUUCGACUUCCGUCUCCUCCUCUCCCUCUCUGGCCAUCGCCGUGGCCCCCACCCAGGGCGCCCGUUCCGUCUCAGGCUUCGCCUCACGGGCAGACCCCUGCCUGUCCCCCUGGGCCAUGUGGGGUCCCCGUGGUGACUGAGUGCUGUCCGUCCCCGUGUGACCGAGAGGGUCCCGGACGGGGAGACGGCCAAGUUGGCGUUCGCACAGCGAGCGAGAGCUGCACCGGGCAUGGCCGGCUGCGUGGUUCUCGCUGCCCCUGAUCUUGUGUUGUGGGGAGCAAGGGGCGGCCAGUGGUCUCUGCUCCGUGCCGAUGGCUGGUGACCACAGGCCACUGCUGACCCGUCGCUCUGCGCUUACCUGGGGCCCGUGGGGCCCUACAAGGUUUAAGAAGGCAGAAUGGACUCAAGUGGUGUUUGCACAAUGAGAAAGGAAGGUUUCACACCUGAGGGCCGAAGGGAGCGAAGGGGCCGGGCCACCCACGGGGCUGCAGCUGACCUACGCUGGGCACUUAAGGCUCACGGAGUAGCGAGCUUGCUGUUCCGAAUGAGGAGGGAGAAGGAAAAAGGAAAUUUCUAGGCCCCGCCCUUAGUGCUUUGAGGAUUUGGUUCUUGCGGUUGCUUCCCCUCGCCAGACACCACUGCCCACAAAGCACAAAGCUUUCUCACUGGAAGACCAUCUUUCCAGGACAGACUCUUUGUAGACACAGGGGACAUUAGCUAGAGAGGUCCAAUGGCGCUUUCAAGUGGGUUCAAGAGCCAGUUUUGCUGUUCUUUUAAGAAAAAUCUGUUCCUUGCUUGAGCAAGUAAAGGGAACUGAACUGUUUUCCCUUUAGAAGGGCAAAACGGGUCAAGAGGACUCAGAAGAGUUGGGUGUGUGGCAGCCGAUGGGCUCCACGUGUCCGAUGGGUGUUUGCGUGCCUCUGUUCCAGGGCUGGGUCCAGAGUCUGUGGACUGUGUCUCCACAAAGUCAGUGAUUCACACUUAGCUCUGAAGAUGUCAGAUGGCGGCAGAGCAAUGCACCUGAACGUGAGUGUUGAAAAAUGGCACUGCCAGAGCGGCCGUGAGCCAGCAAGAAUAAAUCUGUUGAACGAUCUGUGUCAUCAUGCAGACGGGCCUUCCCUUUCCCCUUCCCUGAUGGUACCAGUGAGGGGGAUGCCUUGCGAAGACGCAGAAAACAGAUGAGCCCCGGGUAACCCAGGCAUGUCGCUCUCCUGGCUCCACUGGCACUUGGCAGAGGAGUGUGUACAUGAAAGGCCGAAGUGGUGCCAGUUUCAAGAACGAAUUUCUGUGAAGUGUUGGGGCUCAGGAGUCAGGCUCGCAGGAAGAGAGGGUUACGUAAAGAUCUGACAGCGGAACGAGGUUGCUCCUUUUUGGUAGGAGGUGGGGUGAGGUGUGACAUCAGUGUAGGCAAAAUUAGAUAACCUUUCGGUUAAUAUGGUCUUAUUUGGAGACCUGACUCGCAGGUUAUGAAAGCAGCUUCCAGUUCAAGUUGCCUCCAGACCAACUGUAAAUACAAGGUUGUUUUCCUCGCUAAAUCGCAGUUCAGCCUGGACGCCAAAAGGGGGCUGUGAAGCCCACAUGCCUGUAGAGUAGGAGAAUGAGUUGGUCCUUAUCCGAAGAGUGGGGCAGUGCCCAGCAUUUUGGCUGUGUUUUGUUGAAUUUCUUUCUCAAGGCAGAACAGCGCCUCUGAGCACACAGUAUGUGAGGUGCGCGUCUGAGCAGAAUCCAGAAAGCAAGUGAGGAAUGGGCCGGCCGUGCUGGCCUUGGCGACACGGGGAGGCUGGAGAUGGAAGUGGGGGCUUUCGGCCUGCCCUUCUCUGCCAUGAGCCACUCAUUAGGUUCUGUGGAAUCCAGUCUUUGGGAGCCUGGAUUAAAGGCACCGGCACUCCUGCUGGCGGGCCUGGCAGGACCUGGGGAGCUCCUAGCGGGGGGGUGCCCUAGUGAGCUCAUCGUUUUAUUUGACUGCUUUCCGCUGAGAUGAUUAGCAGAGCUGGGGAGAACCCCUGGGAUGCAGCUACAGGCAGUAGGAAGUGGUGAAAUGGGGGCUGUGAAAGAGCCAGGGUUCAGGUUAUCCACUCAUCCCUCCCUCCCUCCCUCCCUGGCUUCCUUCCUUCCUUCCGUUCUUCCUUCACCACUCCUAGGACUUCUGAGUGUUUUAAGGAAGGGUGUUGCAUGAUGCCCUGGGGAACACUGGGGAGUAAGAAGACUGAGGAAACCUCACUAAUCAUAGCUUUCCAAACGACCCACGCGCGCUCGCUUGCUCUGUCUCAUGCAUCCAGACACACACACAAUCCUCUUCUGUCUCAGAUACUCAUUUGUGCCUUAAACAGAGCCUUACUUAUGAACCCAGAGUGACAGAAAUCCCUGGUCCCUGGAGGUUUUAUAAUAUUAGAUUGAAGUAGGGCUGGGGGAAAGAACUUUUUUCAAAUGUCAAAAAUGUUUUCCCGGAAGUGAGCCACUCCCAGAUUGCCCCAUCAGGAGGAAAGAAAUGGGGUUAUGUCCAUUAGGAAAAUCCCAUUUGGUAGGGGUGCAAUGGCAUAAAAACCUGGCUAGUCAGGAUUAAAGGCAUUAUAUAUCCUCAUAGCAGAGCAUUUUCCCACUGCCCAUUUGAGGAUUAAUGUGGCCAAAGGGUCGGCACUUAACUACAGGAAAAAGCUAGAUGUUGCAUUUUGUCAUUUGGUGCAACUGAAAUUCAGGAAUGCUUUGCUUUGUCUCUGUUUCUAGCAGGCAGGGAAGUCAUGUUUCUUGAGCACUUACUAAGGGGUUGGGCGCUGUGCUAAGUGUUGCUUUAGUUUUUUAGGUAGAGAAAACAAAGGCGGCUAGUUCCCACAAGACGGAUAAAGAGCUAAGGGAUAUGAGCAGUGCAACCAUUUGUGAAGCACAUUGAGCUGAUUCCUUUCUGAGAACACAGCCUUUCAGAUCCUCUGGGCAGGGCACGCAGCAUUUACCCCCUUGAUGGCCCCACUGUGCAAUGUCCAGUUGUUUGCUUCAUGCUGGAGCUCUCCACCAGACGCCCAUCUCUUGUCUUUUUCAUCCUGUCUUCUGUGAGUUCCAGCUGGCAGGCUUUGCAUUGGAGAAAGGAAAACCAGGGUGUUAAGCUCUGUGUCUCGGAUCCCAUCCUUGACUCACCAGCUGGGCAAGAAAAGCCGUUGUUUGCACCAUGGACCCAUGACCUACACUACUUUAAAAAAUCUCCCUUUCAGAUAAAAUGCUGUAUGAGUCUUUGGAAAACACCAGUAGUCCUUGACAAACUAUGAGUGAUCCUUCUCAAAUGGUAGUGAGCAGCCUCUGGACUAGAAUCAGCAGUAAGCUUUAAUGUCUGUGCUGUUGCUGGGACCUCCCUCCCUUUUCUAACAGGUUGCGUAGACCAGCAGUGUUAAAAUCUAAGUGCAUUUUGAGUCUAUUAUCUGUCUUUGUGCUGUUUUUUUUUUUUUUUACUGGCUUUUUACUCUUUAUCAUAAGCUAAAUACCAACACAAUAAAAAUAAAAAUACUUUGUAGGAUACUUGUACUUAGUUUGGACAAAAAAUAAAUUGAAAUU